CCGAAACUCCUCGCAACGAGUGUGAGGUGACGACUGCGCUACCGCGCGAAGAUGGAGGUUAUAAAGCCCUGUGGACUGUCCGCUCUGGUAUCAAUCUUCAUUCAAUUCGGUAUCAAUUCACAUCCACGAUACUACAGCCACAAUGACCGACACUUCCAAGAUCCAGAACACGCCUGCGGCGAACACCUCCUAUUUCACACCCGCCCAGGUUCCUCCGGCCGGAUCGGCCCUCGUCCCCCAGUCCGAUGGCAGCGAGGUUCCCACCCUUUUCCAGCCCUUGAAGAUUCGCGGCGUCGAGUUCCAGAACCGCAUCUUCCUGUCGCCGCUGUGCCAGUACUCUGCUGAGAAGGGCAACAUGACCCCGUGGCACAUGGCCCACCUCGGUGGAAUCUUCACUCGCGGAACCGGAUUGGCCAUCAUUGAGGCUACCGCCGUUGUCGAGGAGUCUGGUAUCACCCCCCAGGACGUUGGCCUCUGGAACGACGAGCAGAUGGACUAUAUGGGCAAGGUCGUCGAGUUCGCGCACUCGCAGGGCCAGAAGAUCGCCAUCCAGCUGGCGCACGCCGGACGAAAGUCCUCGUGCCUCGCCCCGUGGUUGUCCCGCGGCGACGUUGCCACAGAGGCACAGGGCGGCUGGCCCGACCGCGUGUUCGCCCCCAGCGCGAUCCCGUACGACGAGCGCCACCCUCAGCCCAAGGAGAUGAGCCUUGCCGAGAUCGAGCGUGUCAAGGCCGGUUUCGUUUCCGCCGCCAAGCGCGCCAUCGCCAUCGGCUUCGACGUGAUCGAGAUCCACAACGCGCACGGCUACCUUCUGCACUCUUUCCUUUCGCCGGCCUCCAACCAGCGUACCGACAACUAUGGUGGCAGCUUCGAGAACCGCACGCGCCUGACCUGCGAGAUCGUCGACGCCGUCCGCGCCGCAAUCCCUGAGUCCACCCCCCUGUUCCUCCGUAUCUCCGCUACCGACUGGCUCCCCGAGAGCCGCGACGCGUGGACCCUCGAGCAGACCUGCCGCCUCGCUCCUAUUCUCGCCGCUAAGGGCGUCGACCUCAUCGAUAUCUCCUCCGGUGGCCUCCACCCCGACCAGAAGAUCCCCCCUGGCCCUGGAUACCAGGUCCCGCUCGCACGCGAGGUCCGCAAGGCCGUCAACGGCAAGUGUCUCGUCUCCGCCGUCGGAACCAUCAACACCGCCAAGCUCGCGCAGCAGAUCCUCGACGACGAGUCGGCCGAUGUCAUCCUGGUCGGCCGUGGGUUCCAGAGGAACCCUGGCCUCGUGUGGCAGUGGGCUGAGGAGCUGGAGGUUGAGACUGCCGCUGCCAAGCAGAUGGGCUGGGGCUUUGGCGGCAAGGCCGGUGGAAAGAAGAGAAAGACUGGAACUGUCCCUUAGAUUAGGACAGUUCAGGUGGAGCUGUAAUGUAUAGGAUAAAUAGAUGGGAGGAUUAGACAGAUCAAAGAAUGUAUAUACAAAAAUAGAUUUUGAUCAAAACC